AUGACGGAGUCCUCCGGGCCACCUCAAACGGGAUACGAGACAUUGUAUUCGCGACGAGUUCGUGAUCGUAUCGCAGCCUCCUCAAAACCGGCGAAAGUGAGCGUGAACAUUAAUGUUUCGAAGAAACAUGCAGCCAUCCUGAGUCCGAAGGUGUUUAAGGCCAAGCAUAUUCACCCUUAUAAAACUGUGAGUACGAACAAACGAAAACUAACAACUACCACUAACGAGGGAUCAGCAACACCACUCAGAAAAGACCCCCUGGCCAAAAAUUUUACAAAAAAAAGUUCGGAGAAUGAACUUUAUCAAAUGAGAGACACCCAAACUAAUACUCAGACAUCCGAACAGACUGCUGAGAGCGUAAGUAACAGCAUAAGCCAAGCAGGAGCCGAUCCUAACACAAAUCGUUCCCAAAAAAGCUUGGAGAAAAUUCAAGAAACUUUGGAGAAACCUCGUCCGAACCAAAAAAGCUUGGAGAAUAUUCUACAAACUUCGGAGAAAACUCGAAAAAGUUUGGAGAAAGCUUACGACGCCCUUACAGAGCCUGAAGACUCAUAUGAUUCGAUCGAUAGAGACGAAAAUUCAAGUGUAAAAUCAAAUAGUUCACUAGACGAAAGUCAAGAGAACACUGACUAUGUGAUCAGGUCCGACCCGAAUGAAAGUUUGGAGAACCUAAUAAACACUCUUGAGGACUCUUCGGACGGGCUUAAAAGCCCAGAAAAUGGUAGUAAGACCGUUCUAGAGAUGGACGAAGAUAGUACAGGGGAAGGAACCCCGGACACGAUCAAAAAAUCCACCCAUUUUUCGAAUUCUGGAAAGUUUGUAGAAAAUCUUGAAAAUUUCAAAUCGGCCUACAACACUCUACCACUGCCAAGCAAAGUUUAUGCGAGAACACUAAACUUUCUCAAUAAUACCGAGUGA